AUGGAGAAAGGGAGCUAUAGAUUUACUAAAGAAGAAAGAAAUUUUUGGAUCCUAGAUGUUUUGAUCAAAUAUGUUGCCCAACCAGCGGUGAAGAAACGUUUUGAUGUUAUUAUUCCACCAGCUGAUCUUGCUACUGUUCUCAACAGUAAUGUCAGAGUCAUUCAGAACCUCAUUAGCAGAAAAGUCAUCAAUGUGUAUCAACAAGAAGUUCUACAGAGAGUGCCCGGCUUCAACUUCCCUACAAUAAUGAUUGUACCGACUCCGAAAACGACAGCAACUUCCUCCGCUGAUUUCGACAUUACCUUGAUGAUAUGCCUUUUACGCAGCCUGAAGUUUGUUCAAGAACCUACUACAGGAUGGGAUAGACUUCCUUCUGACAGGGAUAAAUCUCUUGGGGCGCAUUUGACCAGAAUUAAAGUCUACAGGAACAAGCUAUCUCAUCCUUCAAAAAGUCGAAUUAAUGAAAACUCAUUUAACAAGAUAUGGUCUUCCUUAAAAGAGGCUUUAAGUGAAAUAAGCGAAGGUGAAGCUGACGCCAUUGUGAGUGAAAUUGAAACAUUUGACCUUGAAGGAUCCAAUAAAGAAGAGCUUCUAUGCAGAAUUCAACAGGAAGUUCAGGAAAUGAGAAAUGAAUUACAGUUUCACCUUAACCUUAAAGGUAAAUUUCAGUAA